GCGGCGGGCCGGGUGGCGGCGGCGGCGGCAAGAUGGAGUCGGUGGCGCUGGUGGCGCCGGUGACGGCGCUGGAGUUCGCGGGGGACGUGCUGCUGGCGGGCACGGGCCCGGAGGUGGUGGCGUUCCGGUUGAGCGGCGGCGGGCCGGCGGCGGCGGCGGGCCGGCGGAGCGUGCUGCGUGAGGCCAGCGUGCUGGGGCUGCGGGCCGAGCGCGGCCCCGGGGCGGCGAGGCGGGUGGCGGCCUUCGGCGGGCGCUGGCUGGCGGUACUGGCGGUGCGGGCCGGCGGACCGGGCGGCGGGGCGCAGCUGGCGGCGUGCGGCGGCGGCGCGGCGCGGGAACUGGGGGCGCGCGUGUGGGAGGCGCGCUGGGCGGCGGGCGGGCGGCUGGCGCUGGCGCUGAGCGGCGGGGCCGUGGCGCUCUACGAGUGGCGGGGCGGCGGGCGCUGGCUGCAGCGGGCGAGUUGCGGCGGGGCCGGGGCGCUGCGCUGCGCCGUGCUGGCGGGGACGGGCUGGGCGCGGCUGGCGCUGGCGGCCGGCACGGCGGCGGGGACCGUGGUGGUGUGGCGGGCGGCGGCGGCGGCGGCCCCGCGGCAGCGGCUGCGCGGGCACCGGGGCGCGGUGCUGGCGCUGUGCUACGCGGCGCCGCGGGGGCUGCUGGCCUCCGCCUCCGAGGACCGCAGCGUGCGGCUCUGGGCCGUGGGCGAGCUGGGCGACGGGGACGGGGCGGGCGGCGGGGCGGGCGCCUGCCUGCUGGUGUGCUACGGGCACGGGGCGCGGGUGGCCGCCGUGGCGCUGCGGGGGCCGCACCCGGUGAGCGCGGGGGAGGACGGCGCCUGCCUGGAGUGGGACGGCGGCGGCGGCGUGCGGCGGGCGCGGCGCGGGCACCGGGGGGCCCUGCGCGCCCUGGCCCUGCUGCCCGCCGGCGGCCGCCUGGCCACGGGCGGCGACGACGGCGGCGUGCGGCUGUGGCGGCCCCGGCGUGCGGCGCCGGGCGCGAUCCCGCUGGGGGCCCCGGGGCGGCCGCGGGCCGUGCUGCUGGCGGGGCCGCGGCGGGUGCUGGCGCUGGGCGAGGCGGGCGAGCUGGCGGCCUACGAGGCGGCGGCGGGGCGCUGGGCGCCGGUGCUGCCCCCCGCCGCCGCCGCCGGGCCCCGCGGGGUGCUGGCGGCCGCCCCGCUGCCCGGCGGGGACGAGGCGCUCUGCGCCCUGGCCGGCGGCGACGGUCGCCUCCUCCUGUUCGCCCUGAGCCGCCCCGGGGCGGCCGCUCGGCUGCGGCCGUUCGAGGGAGCCGUGCGGGGGCUGGGCUGGGCCCCCCGGCCCGGGCUGCCCCCCGCCGCCGCCGCGCUCCUGGCCUCCGGGCCCGACGGGGAGCUGCUGUGGCUGGACGUCGCGCACCGGCCCGGGCGGGCGCCCGGCGUGCGGCUGAUGGGGCGGUACCUGCUGCCCGCCUGCCGGCAGCGCUGGCACACCUGCGCCACCUUCCUGCCCCGGGCAGGGCUCCUGCUCUGCGGGGACCGCCGUGGCUCCCUCCUCCUUUUCCCCUGCAGCAGCUGCUCGGGCCGGGCUGCGGAAAGCGCUGGCAUCACCUGCAGUGGCACCAACCCAAGCGGCGAGGGCUCCAGCAGUGAGUCGGAGACCUCUCGCUUGGUGCACAAAGGGGCUCUUCCCCUUGAGGCCCCGGUGUCCGUGCUCUUCGGGCUCCAUGGGAAGACAGGGGUUACCUCGGUGACCUGCCACGGGGAAUACAUCUACAGCACCGGCCGGGAUGGCGUCUACCGCCAGCUCCGCCUGCGGGACCAGCAACUGGAGGUUCUGCGGAAGCACAGGCCCUGCAAAGGGCUGCAGUGGAUCGAGGAGCUGCGCUUCACCCCGGACGGGGACCUGCUCGUGAUGGGCUUUCACGCUGACAACUUCGUGGUGUGGAGCAGCAGGACUGGCGAGAAUCUCCAAUGCAUCCCCUGCGGUGGGGGGCAUCGCUCCUGGAGCUACUACAGCAGCCCCUUGGCCGAGGCCUUCGCCUUCAUCAAGUGUGGGGACGUGAUGCUGUACCACCGCGACGCCGAGCCCUGUGAGCAGCAGGUGCUCCUGGCCUCCCUGCACGGGCGGGAGAUCACCUGUGUGCGGCGUCUGGGGGCGGUGGAGGUGCCUGGCCAUGCCACCCUUAACAUCUUCGUCACCGGCAGUGAGGACACCAUGGCCUGCAUCCUGGUGCUCAGCGAGUACUCCCGGGCGGCCGUGCCCCUUGCCCGGCUCAGUGAUCAUGUUUCCAGUGUGAGGGCUCUAGCGCUGGCCAGUUCCGUGGGACCUGGGGACAAAGGCUUCGGGGAUGAGGGCUUGUCUGUCCUGCUCUUCUCUGCGGGUGGCCGGGCACAGAUCGAGUGCUACCGGCUGCUGUGUGCCAGGGACCCAGCCUCCGAGAGCGCCGUGGCCUGCCAGGUCAUCCAUGUGGGCUCCCACCGCCUGGACGAGCACUGGGAGCGGAAGAAGAACAGGCACAAGCUCAUCAAGAUGGACCCAGAGACAAGGUACAUGUCCCUCUCGGUCAUUCCUGGGACCAGCACCAAGCAGCUGCCCAUGCCCUGGAAGUUCCUGGCUGCUGCCUGCAGCGACGGAUCAGUCCGGGUCUUUGGGCUGCUGGAGGCUGCUCGGAAGCUGGUGCUGGUGGCAGAGUCGUUUCACCACCAGCGCUGUGUGCUGAAGGUGGAAGCAUUUCUGUACACGCGGGCAGGAGGGGAGAGGAGGCACCUCCUGUGCAGUGCAGCCACCGAUGGCAGCAUCGCCUUCUGGGACAUCACCAGCCCCAUCGCGGAGGCGGCGGCCACCCUGCAGCAAGCAGAGGGAGAGAUGCAGCCCCUGGCCCUGGGCACACCGCUGCUCACCAUCAUGGCCCACAGCUGCGGUGUGAACAGCCUUCACAUCCGCGAGAUGCCGGAGGGACGUUACCUGGUGGCCAGCGGCAGCGACGAUGGCUCCAUUCACGUCUGCCUGCUGGAGGUGGCCCUGGGCGGGGGAGAGGCCGCAGGGGGGACCUGCUUGCACGUCCUGGAACGGGUGGCCCGGCCCUGUGCCCACGCUGCCCACGUGACAGGGAUCCGGGUGCUGCGGCCAGACCUGCUGCUCUCUGCCUCCGUGGACCAGCGCCUGACGCUGUGGCACCGGCACCCGGGCGGGCUGGAUGAGCUCAGCACCACCUUCUUCCACGUGCCUGACCUGGCCGAGCUGGACUGCUGGGAGGUGAGGGAGGCUGGGGGGCAGCUGCGGUACUACUGCGUGCUCUGCGGGCAGGGCCUGGAGAUGCUGUGUGGCAUGGCCCCCCCCGAGCCCCCUCCACCAGAGGCUCCCCAGUAAUGGGACAGGUGAGCAGCACACACCCUGCGGUUGUGCUCUGCCCGUCACCGCAGCCCCUGUGAUGUGGUCACACAGUCUGCAUGGCGAUGUGGCCCCUCUCGAGGGGACAGGCGUGCUCGGCUCCCUCGCAGACAACACAGCCACAUCUGGGGUGCUCAAGGCCGGUGCUCUCAAGGGAGAAGGCAGAUGUGACCCCUCGUGGACAAGCCUGCUGCUCCCCAGGCAAUAGAGUGGUCAUCAGCCCACCCUGCCCCGGAGAAGCUCCUCCUCCCCAAGGUGCGAGGGACCCACAUCCGGGCUGUCCAGCCCUGGUCCCAGAGAGCAACCUGCUCAGGAGGGUGCUGAGCACCAGGGCCCAGCUCUGGAAGCUUGAGGGCCGCGGGUGGCCAAGACUAGUCAGGCGCUGGUCUGGCACACAGCAGGCUGCAGCCUUCUGCUCCCCGCAACACGGCCCCGUGCGAUGGCCCGGGCCCCGCGGUGCUGGGGACUCUGCAGAAAUGAGUGGAGCUCACCAGGAGCACAGAUCCGCUGCAGCAGCAGCCUGCAGGACGAGGCGGGCUGUGCCAGCCUGGGCUUGGCCACCCCACCCCCAGAGCGCUGCCUCGAGCUGAGCGGGUUGUUCCUGCACAGCAAGAGAAGGACAAACAGCGGCACGUGGCCCCAGCCCUGCCUGGAGCAAGGUGCACUGCUGGGGUCAGACUCACACACACGGCCUCUGUCCAGCAACAAGUGUAUUUGUCCAGCUCAAGCAAGCCUUGAGCCUCAGCAGCUCCCUGCCAGCACGGAGCAACCUUCAAUACAUGGCUCUGAGUGAAGCAAA